AUGGCCUCUUUUCCCGCUCUCCACUACACCAGCUGGUCCGUCUGCUUCUCACUUUGUUUUCCGACCUUUUUUUUUCCGACUUCGCUUCAAAUGCUUCCCAUGUUUACUGUCAAUCGUUUUACAUCAGUCUGUCAAUCGCUCACUCCAUCUAUUUCUAUAGAUAUCUAUCAAUCUCAGACGAAUCUUUUUUCUUGUCCUUUUUUUUUUUCUUUUUUGUCCUUUUUUUUUUUUUUCUCUAAAGUUUUUUUUUUCUUUUCUUUUCCUUUUUUUUUUUCUUUUUCUUGUCCUUUUUUUCUAAACAAAUUGUCCUUUUUUUUUUUUCUUUUUUUGUCCUUUUUUUUUUCUUUCUCUUGUCUUUUUUAUUCUUCUUUCUCUUGUCCUUUUUUUUCUUCUUUCUCUUGUCCUUUUUUUUUUUUUAAAAAUCUUUUUGUUUUUUUUUUUUUCUCUUGUCCUUUUUUUUCUUUUUUUCUUGUCCUUUUUUUUUUCUUUUUUUUUUCUUGUUUUUUUUUUUUUUUUUUUUUUUUCCUUUUUUUUUCUUUUUUUUUUUUUUUUUUCUUGUCCUUUUUUUUUUUUUUGUCCUUUUUUUUUUUUUUUCUUCUCCUUUUUUUUUUCUUCUUUCUCUUGUCCUUUUUUUUUCUUCUUUCUCUUGUCCUUUUUUUUUCUUCUUUCUCUUGUCCUUUUUUUUUCUUCUUUCUCUUGUCCUUUUUUUUUCUUCUUUCUCUUGUCCUUUUUUUUCUUUUUCUUCAGAUUUUUUUUCUUUUUUCUUUUUCUUUUUUUUCUUCUUUGUCCUUUUUUUUUCUUCUUGUCCUUUUUUGA